CUAAGGACCUGAUGAUCCGGCGGCCAAUUAAAAACUAGCUCAAAUGACAGCAUCGCUUGGACCUUCUUCUUGUGUGAGGGGAUGCUCCAGAUUUGAUAAACUAACGUUUGCCGAAAUCCGGGGAGGGGAGUAGCAUCGAAUGUGACUUGACUCGCGAUAAGACAAAUUUAUAAAAUGCCGACGACUUCGCGCCAAGAAAUGUUGCAUCGGCAUACAUUCCUCUCCUCAAUUCUCCCUUUCGUCUUUUGACUGAGUCGCCAUCAUGGCACCCAAGGUCGAAUACGCAGAUAACCUUGAACCUUCAAGACAAGAAGAUGGUACCAUCGAAGGCACAUCAGAAGAAAUCAUCGACAACCCCGACAAAGCCACUGCCUUCGCCAUCAGCGGCAUAGACGAAGACUACGACAUUGACUCCGACAACUCACCCCAACCAGAAGUCAGAGCCAAUGUCCCCAAUGUCGAUGAUCCUUCUAUGCCUGUUAACACGCUCCGUGCGUGGACGCUAGGUCUUUUGUUUACGAUCCUUGGCACCGGGAUCAAUCAAUUCUUUUCGAUGAGAUAUCCUAGUGUCACUAUCUCGUCGCUUGUUGCACAGUUGGUCGCUUAUCCAGCUGGGAGGGCGCUUGCGCAUGCACUGCCUAUCAUGAGGGUUAGGGUUUUCGGGAGGGAGAUUGCGCUUAAUCCUGAUCAUCACUUUAACAUCAAGGAGCAUGCGCUUAUCACUAUCAUGUCGAACCUUUCGUUUGGACCGUCUUGGGCGACGGAUAUUAUUCAAGCGCAAGUUGCGCCUGCGUUCUUGGGGUUGAAGACUCCUGUUGGGUAUCAGUUCCUGCUUGCACUUACUAUGCAGCUUUUUGGUCUUGGAAUGGCUGGUAUGGCGUACAGGUUUAUUGUUGAGCCGCCGCAUAUGGUUUGGCCCUCGACACUUGCCAAUGCUGCGCUGUUUCAGACUUUGCAUGGGAGAGCGAACCCGAAGGCUGAUGGAUGGAGUAUCUCGAGGUAUCGGUUUUUUGUCUACGUCUUUGCUGGUGGUUGGCUAUGGUAUUGGCUCCCUGGAUUCCUUUUCACUGGCCUAAGCACCUUUGCCUUCAUCUGCUGGGCUGCACCAAACAACAUCAUCGUCAACAACCUCUUCGGCAUGUCAACCGGCCUAGCCUAUAUCCCCACCACGUUUGACUGGUCCCAAAUCGCAUACAACGGCUCUCCCCUCGUCGUUCCCUUCUGGGCACAAGCUAACGUCUUCGCCGGGUGGCUCAUCCUCUUCGCGCUCGUCACGCCAAUUCUGUACUACACAAACACUUGGUACACAGCUUAUCUGCCAUUCUCUGGAGGUGACAUCUACGAUAACACCGGAAAUGUCUUCAACGCCUCGCGCGUUGUUGAUCAUCACGGCAACUUCUCGCCGGAAGAGUACAAGGCCUACAGCCCCAUCUUCAUGCCUGUUACCUUCGCUCUCAGCUAUGGUAUCUCUUUUGCGACAAUGACUUGCGUUCCUACAUACAUCUUUCUCAAUUACUGGAAGCAGAUCGUCGGCGCUUUCAAUCCACAGCGAAAGAAGGAUAUUCAUGCUCGGCUGAUUGAGAGAUACCCCGACGCUCCCUGGUGGUGGUACGCCGCAUUGACCGCUAUCGUACUUGGUCUCACCAUCAUGGUACAAGAAGUGUACGACACCCAAAUGCCUGUUUGGGGUGUCUUCUUGGCCUUCGGUCUCGCUGCGUUCUAUCUAAUCCCCACUGGGAGCGUCUAUGCCGUGGCAAACCUCAACAGUAACGUUCUCACCGUUCUUGGCGAGAUCAUCUCAGGAUACGCCAUUCCUGGAAAGCCAGUUGUUAUGCUUAUCUUCAAGUUCUACGCCUACACUGGACUCAGCCAGGCUAUGAUUUUUGCUUCGGACAUGAAGCUUGGUCUUUACAUGAAGAUUCCCCGUCGCACCCUGUUUGUCGCACAGUUGACGGCCUGCAUCGUUGGAUCUCUUACCCAAAACGCCGUUGUUCUCUGGAUGUUGCACCAUGUCAAGGACAUUUGUGAGAGUGACCAGCCCAACAAAUACACCUGUCCUCAGGGUCGCGUCAACUUCUCUUCCAGCAUCGUCUGGGGAGCUGUUGGUCCAGCCAGGCUAUACAGCGUGGGCAAGAUCUACUCAGGACUGUUACACCUAUUCUGGAUUGGAAUUCUCCUGCCAGUAGUGACUUUCUUUUUGAAGCGGAAGUUUCCCAACAACAAGUUGCUAUCUAAUCUUCACUGGCCUCUUUUCUUCGCUGGAACCGGAAACGUGCCUCCCGCUACCGGCAUCAACUACAGUUCUGCUUUUGCAGUUUCAUUCAUUUUCAACAAGUGGAUUCGGGGAAAGUAUCCGCAUUGGUGGGCAAAGUACAACUACGUCCUCUCCGCGGCGCUGGAUUCUGGCCUCGCAGUUUCGGCUAUCGUGAUCUUCUUCGCCCUCGUCUUUCCUGGGGUUAGUCUCAGUUGGUGGGGAAAUAAUGUUCAGGGCACGACUGCGGAUGGUCUGGGUACUCCAUGGAGGAAGCUGGGCACGAAUGAGACGUUUGGACCAUCUGCUUGGAAUUGAGCGAUGUUUGGUGAUUCAAUUUGCCACGUGUUUUGGUGUUUGUAAUGUUAUUUAAUUUAAUUGUUAGCCUGAGAGACAAACGGAGUUUAUUGCGAAAAGCCUUGGCUUCCGAUAUCCCGUCAAAAUAUGCCAUAGAUACGCUUGGACAGUCGCUGUUGGUCUUUGCCUUUGUGUCGUGGCUGAAGCUUCUAUUAACCCC